GGACGGGAUAAAAGAAGAGAUGGAAAAUAAAGUGGAGAUGAGGUGAGUUCUUGAGACAGUGGCAGUGGAAAGCGUGGUGGAGGGCGAUUCCCAACGCCUUAAGGUGGGAGGGCGAUGGCUGAAUCUGAGACGUCCGCCUUUCGUUGCUCACCUCUCUCUCUCGGUGGGAUGAGAGAGGAGAGGUCGGACAUGUCGGAGGACGAGGAUGGGGGAGGAGAGGAGAAGGACAGCUGGGCGCCGGGCCUUGGCGUAGCUGGAAAGAGCAGAGGCGCACCGGACCCGCUGCCGCCGCCGUUGUGCGACCAGGUGCUGGAGAACGUCCUCGAGAACGUGCUUCAGUUCCUGACGUUUCGCCGGGAUCGGAACGCGGUGUCGCUGGUGUGUCGGUCGUGGUAUCGGGCGGAGGCCCAGACUCGGCGGGAGCUCUUCAUCGGAAACUGCUACGCGGUCUCCCCGCGGCGAGCCAUCGACCGAUUCCGUUGCGUCCGGUCGCUAGUCCUCAAGGGCAAGCCCCGGUUCGCCGACUUCGGUCUGGUGCCCAUCGGCUGGGGCGCCCACUUCUCCCCCUGGGCCUCCGCCAUGGCUGCCGGCUACCCCUGGCUCGAGAAGAUCUGCCUCAAGCGAAUGUCCGUCACCGACGACGACCUCUCCCUCCUCGCCCUCUCCUUCCCCUUCUUCAAGGGUCUCACGCUCAUCUGCUGCGACGGCUUCGGCACCGCCGGCCUCGCCGUCUUCGCCGAGAAGUGCAGGCAUCUCCGGCUGCUAGAUCUGAUAGAGGACUAUUUCGAGGAAGAGGAGUAUGAGGUUGUGGAUUGGAUUUCCAAGUUCCCGGAGACAACGACAAGCUUGGAGACGCUAGGGUUCGAUUGCCUGCCAUCCGCAGUCAAUUUCGAGGCGUUGGAGGCGCUCAUUGCCCGAUCCCCUGCCCUCCGGCAGCUGCGGGUGAACCACCAUGUCACAGUGGACCAGCUCCGCCGCCUCAUGGUGCGGGCACCCCAGCUCACCCACCUUGGCACAGGGUCCUUCAGAUCCCCUGAAGAGGGAGAAGGAAUGGAGCAUGAGGCCCAUCUUGUAUCUGCCUUUGCCGCCUCUAGGUCACUCGUUUCUCUGUCCGGCUUCCGUGAGGUGGCAUCUCAGUUCCUCCCUGCCAUUUACCCGGUUUGUUCCAACAUCACCUUCCUUAACUUCAGCUUUGCUGAGAUAACCGCAGAGGAGCUUAAGCCUGUGAUCCGUCAUUGCCAUAAUCUGCAGAAUUUCUGGGUCCUUGAUACUGUGCGUGAUGAGGGGCUUCAGGCAGUGGCAGCCACAUGUAAGGACCUCCGAGAGCUGCGGGUGUUCCCUUUAGACGCAACAGAGGACUCUGAGGGGUUUGUUUCAGAUGUUGGCCUCACUGCUAUUUCUGAGGGCUGCCGUAAACUCCAAUCUAUUCUGUAUUUCUGCCAGCGGAUGACCAAUAAGGCAGUAUUAACGAUGUCCAAGAAUUGCCAGGAACUCGUCGUUUUUCGCCUUUGUAUCAUGGCUCGCCACCUUCCUGACCACCAUACUGGAGAGCCCAUGGACGAGGGAUUUGGCGCUAUAGUGAUGAACUGCAAGAAGCUCACCAGGCUAGCAGUAUCUGGGUUGCUUACCGACAAGGCAUUCGGGUACAUUGGGAAGUUUGGGAAGUCAAUCAGAACUUUAUCUGUUGCUUUUGCAGGGAACAGUGACAUGGGGCUGAGGUAUGUGCUUGAAGGAUGCCCCAAACUGCAGAAGCUUGAGAUCAGGGAUAGCCCUUUUGGGGAUCCAGCACUGUUAUCUGGGAUUCACCAUUACUACAAUAUGAGGUUCCUUUGGAUGUCUUCAUGCAAGCUGUCUCAUAGGGGUUGUGAGGAUGUGGCUCAGAGGUUGCCACGCUUGGCUGUUGAAGUGAUUAGAGAUCGACCUGAAGCUGAGGACGAAGCUGUUGAGAAAUUAUACAUGUAUCGUUCCCUAGUGGGCCGGAGAAAUGAUGCACCGCCUUUCGUGAAGAUCUUAUAGUGUUACUCGUUCCAUGAAACAGCUAUCAGGAGGAAGAAUAUCUGCAGUUGUCUUGUGGGCCGAUGAAUGAUCUUAUUCUGAGAUAGGCAGCUGGUUCCGAUCAGUGCAGAGAGGGUGAAUCUGGUGGGUGGUCUUCUUGAUCCUUAAGAUGAUUCUUGCUCUUCAUUCCAUGGGAAGAUAAUUCGGGUGUAUCUUCUGUUCUGCUCUCAUUUUCUUCUGUUUGGGCUGCUGGAAUGACAUUUAUGUUAGAAGAACAUCAGAGAUAAUAUCAUCUUUUAAUUGAAUAUUUUUGUUUCUAUUGCACAUUUGGUAGUCCAAUCAAGUGGAUGGCGGAGAGAAGAAAUUGGUGUGAGGAUGUUGUAUAAAUAAGCUAUUAUUUCUAGGAGGUUUUCUUAGCAUUACAAUUUGAUUUAAGAGCGAGGCCGCAUGACCACACAAUCAACCUCUUCAACUGGGUUUUCAGAUGGUAGCAGACCCUUAAAACUUCUGAACGACUAUUUGUGGCCUCACAUUCUAUUAAUCUCUUUGGAGAAGGCAAGAAGGUGCAUCUCCGGAGCACAUUUAUACCUUCCAGCAACUGGUUUUUCAGGCUGAGGUGAAAUUCGAGACUCCAAAAGAGUUUUCCUUAUUAUUAUGUAAGAGUUUUAGUUCAUUAGUGGAUAAUUUAGAUCACAGUUCAUCUGGUGCUUUUAUUGCUUGGUUAUGUGAACAUAAACCUGAGUUAGGAAUCUGAACUUUUGUUAUUAUUUCCUUUACUCUGAAGAGUUUUCAA